AUGGCGUCCGUCGACGUAACUCCGAUGUCACGCCUCGAUCUUACUCCAUGGGACUUGCAAAUGCUCUUACUCGAACCAAUCCAAUAUGAGAUUCUAUUUCACAAACACGCAUUCCCUAUCGAAUUCAUUAUCGAUUAUCUCAAAGCCUCACUCUCCCGCGUGCUCGACUAUUUUCCCCCGCUAGCCGGCCGCCUCUCCACCGAUAACACCAACGAUAAAACGGCCGUUUAUUUUGUCGACUGCAACAACAAAGGGGCCGGCUUCAUCCAUGCGGCUGCCACCGACGUGUUGGUUUCCUACAUCACGGAGGCCACGCACACUCCGGAAAUAGUCUUCUCCUUCUUCCCACUAAACGGGACCCGCAACUUCCAAGGGACCUCCGAGCCGCUAUUCGCCAUCCAGAUAACGCAGCUCGAGGACGGCCUCUUCAUGGGUUGCACAACCAACCACGCCGUUGUGGAUGGCUCGUCCCUCUGGCAUUUGAUCCGCUCGUGGUCCGAGAUUGGCAGCGGCCGUGAGAAAAUAUCAGAAAUGCCCUCCUUCGAGCGCGAUUUCCCCGGAUGGGAAAAUCGACCCAUUCCCGUCCGUGUGCUCGACUUCACUACGAAGAUCGUACGUCCCCCGUUGCUCGAGAGGGUUUUCCGCAUAAGUAAGGAGAGCGUGGCGAAGCUAAAGGCGAGGGCGAAUCUGGAAGCCGGUGAAUUUACGUCGUUCCAGGUGAUCCUGGGUCAUAUAUGGCGGUGCGUGGCGCGUAGCCGGAAAAAGACAGAUGGCAAUAGCGAGGAAGUUUUUGUCACGGCGAUCGGUGCAAGAGGGAAAAUCCCAUUGCCGAAAGGGUAUUUCGGGAACGCUAUUGAUGUUUCAUGGCUUUGCAUGAGGGGGAGGUGUUGGGAGAUGGGUUGGGCCGAGCUGCGCUCGGGCUCAAGGCGUUUUUUGCCGGGAAAGGGAAGGAGGAGGUUGUGUUGGGUUUUCUAG